GCCCCGGGCGCGCUUCCGCCGGCCGCGCCGCGCACGCCGCGGUAAAUGGGAGGCUUGGCCGGCAGGGGCGGGGGCCGUGCAGCCGGGGACUUUCAGGAACUGCAGGAGCAGGCGGCGGCUGGAGUCGCCGAGCGCCCAGCGGCUGGGCCUGAGCGCCGAGACUCGCGGCCGACGCGGAGCCGCCGCCCCCGCGCGGGGCCCAGCUGUAGCCGCCGCCCUCGUCCUCGCCCUCGCCCUCCCGGCUCGGGCCGACCAGCCGCGACGCGGGAGACGAGCCGGCCGUCCCGGGCCGGGGGACCUGCCCGCCAUGGCCACCAAGGCUCGGGUUAUGUAUGACUUUGCUGCUGAACCUGGAAAUAAUGAACUGACGGUUAAUGAGGGAGAAAUCAUCACAAUUACAAACCCGGAUGUUGGUGGAGGAUGGCUGGAAGGAAGAAACAGCAAAGGAGAACGAGGGCUUGUUCCCACAGACUACGUGGAAAUUUUACCCAGUGAUGGAAAAGAUCCAUUUUCUUGUGGAAAUUCAGUGGCUGACCAAGCCUUCCUCGAUUCCCUCUCAGCAAGUACAGCCCAAGCCAACGCGUCAGCUGCCAACAGCAAUAACCAGGUUGCCAGUAGCAGUGACCCCUGGUCAGCCUGGAGUGCCUCCAAAUCCGGGAACUGGGAGAGCUCGGAUGGCUGGGGGGCCAAGCCAGAGGGGGCUGGCGCCCAGAAAAACACCCCCAACAACUGGGACACGGCCUUCGGCCACCCCCAGGCCUACCAAGGUCCAGCAACUGGCGAUGACGAUGACUGGGACGAAGACUGGGAUGACCCCAAGUCCUCCUCCCCUUACUUUAAGGAUUCAGAAUCAGCUGAAGCAGGAGGCAGUCAGCGGGGGAACAGUCGCGCUGGUGCGUCUUCCAUGAAGCUGCCGCUUAACAAAUUUCCUGGAUUUGCAAAACCUGGAACGGAACAGUAUUUGUUGGCCAAGCAACUAGCAAAACCCAAAGAGAAAAUUCCCAUCAUUGUUGGAGAUUAUGGCCCGAUGUGGGUUUAUCCUACCUCUACGUUUGACUGUGUGGUAGCAGAUCCCAGGAAAGGCUCCAAAAUGUAUGGUCUGAAGAGCUACAUUGAAUAUCAGCUAACACCUACUAACACUAACCGAUCUGUAAACCACAGGUAUAAGCACUUUGACUGGUUAUAUGAGCGUCUCCUGGUUAAGUUUGGGUCAGCCAUUCCAAUCCCUUCUCUUCCAGACAAACAAGUCACAGGCCGCUUUGAAGAGGAAUUUAUCAAAAUGCGCAUGGAGCGACUUCAGGCCUGGAUGACCAGAAUGUGCCGGCAUCCCGUCAUCUCAGAAAGUGAGGUUUUCCAGCAGUUCCUGAAUUUCCGAGAUGAGAAGGAAUGGAAAACUGGAAAGAGGAAGGCUGAGAAAGACGAGCUGGCAGGAGUGAUGAUAUUUUCCACCAUGGAACCGGAGGCACCUGACUUGGACUUAGUAGAAAUAGAGCAGAAGUGCGAUGCCGUGGGGAAGUUCACCAAGGCCAUGGACGACGGCGUGAAGGAGCUGCUGACCGUGGGGCAGGAGCACUGGAAGCGGUGCACAGGACCACUACCCAAGGAAUAUCAGAAGAUAGGAAAGGCCUUGCAGAGCUUAGCAACAGUGUUUAGUUCUAGUGGCUAUCAAGGUGAAACAGACCUCAAUGAUGCAAUAACAGAAGCAGGAAAGACAUACGAAGAAAUUGCCAGUCUCGUGGCAGAACAGCCAAAGAAAGAUCUCCAUUUCCUGAUGGAAUGUAAUCAUGAGUAUAAAGGUUUUCUUGGCUGCUUCCCCGAUAUCAUUGGCACCCACAAGGGAGCAAUAGAAAAAGUGAAAGAAAGUGAUAAACUAGUUGCAACUAGCAAAAUCACCCCACAAGACAAACAGAACAUGGCAAAACGAGUCAGCACCAUGUCUUAUGCCUUGCAAGCUGAGAUGAAUCACUUCCACAGCAAUCGGAUCUACGACUACAACAGCGUCAUCCGCCUGUACCUGGAGCAGCAAGUGCAGUUUUACGAAACGAUUGCAGAAAAGCUGAGGCAGGCCCUCAGCCGCUUCCCGGUCAUGUAGAACAGGACGGCACGUGAAGAAAACUCCGAGUGCUUCUUUCUGACUUGGGGCGAUGCAAUUCAAAAUGUGGUUUUUUUCCCUUAUUAU